AUGACGAUCCAAGAUAACGGGGUUCAACUUCCCCGGAAACCAAGUGUACGAUUUGAAUUGGACGCUAAUGACAGCUCAGAAUCGGUAGGGACCUUAUUACUUGUUUUUUUAUAGUGUAAAAUGUGGUUUUUUAUACUAACUUUUGAAAUUUCAGGUCCCUCAGACCAAAAAUGUGACCCCACUUAACUCACCUAACCUCAGACAACAGUCCCCACCUUGUUGUGGCCAAGAAACAUCCACUUGCAGUUCGCCAACAAAAUUCACAGACCCCUCCAAGUUGAAUCUAUCCUUCGCCGGCUGUGGGUUUCUUUGUGUAUAUCAUGCCGGAGUCUGUGCCGCCAUCAAGGAAUAUGCCCCUCAACUAACCAGAAACAAGAUCUACGGAGCUUCGGCCGGGGCUAUUGUUGGGGCUGGAGUUAUCUGCAAUGUUUGCGUAUCAGCCGCGAUCAGCAUCAUGCUCCAAGCCGCCAGCGAAGCUCAGCGAGGAACCCUGAAGACCUUAAACCCCAACUUUGAUCUCAGUGGAAUCGUCAGAAAAGGUCUGGAAUCCCAUCUCCCUCUAGACGCUCAUAUCCAAUGCUCGGGAAGACUCUUCAUCAGCUUGACCCGAGCGUCUGACUACAGGAAUGUGAUGGUGUCGGAAUUUGAGACCCGAGAAGAGCUCAUCCAAGCCAUCGUCUGCUCCAGCUUCAUCCCAAUCAUUUGUGGAGUCAGACCUCCGAAAUUCAAAGGAGUUGAAUAUGUGGAUGGUGGAUUGAGCAACAACCAGCCAAUGAUGGGCGACGAAAACACUCUAACCGUUUCUCCUUUUUCCGGAGAACAUGACAUCUGCCCAUGGGAUCGAGACUCGGCAUCACUUUUGGGAAUUGACUUCACCAAUACCCAUAUCAGGAUGACCACGGGUAACCUUUUCCGAAUGAUCACCUGCUUCUUCCCUCCAAGUCUCGAUAUUUGCUCCAAGAUUUGCCGUCAGGGCUUCCAAGAUGCUUUGGUUUUAUUGACCAAGAAGGGAUUGGCCCCAUGUGUGAGAUGCCUCACCAUACAGAGCAAUGUCCUCCCGGUUCCCGAAUACAAAACACCAGUAAAUCUUCCCAGAGUGCGAAGAACGUCUUCCAUGGUUUCCAACCCAUCCAGACUGAGACUGACCUCUGAAUGUGAUAUGUGUAAUGAAAGCGAAUUCAAUCCGGAGGACGCAACCGCACUCUUCCCAAGUGUUCUUCAGACAGGUAAGUGGAUGUUUAAAAUUGGUAGUAUGGGUUAGAGAUCUAUUUAUUUAUAAGUUAUAUUGGUAUUUUUUUAGCAUUUGGAGAAGCCACGAAAGCUGAAAGUCGGCUUUUCAUAUAUUUGAAUUCAUUCCGUCUCUAUCGAUAUUCUCGUCGUCUGAUGGCUCCGGCCUUCCUACCCGUGGAACUGGCCAUGUACACGGCGAAAACGUAUGUGGAUCGAUUAUUUUUGGUGUUUUAGAUCUUUUGAGCAUUAGAGGUAAUGACUUGAAUUUCAGUGUGCAAUCGUGGUUAUAUCCAAAAGCAGCGGUCGAUUAUUUCACUCAACGACUCCAGGCGACCAUCGAGUUGGUCCAAGGCUUCUUGGAUGCCGCUCAGUCCUCAUCUUUGGAGAAACCCGUACCCAGCUAUCGUGUUGGAUUAGCGGAAGUGGAAAGAAGACAGUCCGCUAUGUCCAGGAGAUCUUCCAAACAACCGGGAAGUACUUUUGCUACUGUAAGUAUUGCUUUAAAUUGAUUUUGGUUUUGUAAACGAUGGAUUUUCUUAUGGUUUGAUUUCAGUUUGAUCAAACCGAAGCAGACCUCUGCGAUGAGGGAUCGGCCAGCGAACUCGUCAAGUACAGCCAAGAGCACGACGCCAUUCUCGCCUAUUAUUACAUGGACGAGAAGAAUCAAGUCCAAGUUUGCCAAAUUUACGAUGUAAACAACCCCGACGUUGAACGUCCGUGCCAUGGCCAUGCUUCCAAGAAUCGCCGCAGCAGUGCCAUUCCUCGAAUGCAGUCGAAUCAAAAGAAUUCUCAUGUGAAAAAAAGUCCUCCUUUCAUGGAGGAGGAGGAAGAUCUGAAGUACCUAGGAGAACCAAUGGAAGUCGACGAACCACAACCAACUAUGGAGAUGGAAGCGCUGCAGAUUCCGGCCAAUCCGACUAUGAGUCCGGUAAAUGGAGAAGACUCCGGAUUAAGUCUGACUGAAGAUUCGAAUCAGGAAUUCAGUAUCAAGUAAGUAUUUGGGGUAUUUGAGGGUUUGUCGGUCUCGUUAGGUCUCCGGUUCACCAUAGAUUUACCUGACAUGAGAUUAAUUUUGUGAUCUGGGUGGGGUGUCGGAGCUGUUUUGUUUUUGAAUAGAAAGUGUUUGUAUGGGAAAAUUAUGCAAAUUGGGUGUCAUAACAAGACUCCUAGAGCAAGAGAAAAGUUGUACUUUGGGGUGAAGAAUUCACGUAUACACGGCAUUGUUAUAGGCGGCUGGUUUCAGGAAACGAGAUGCCUGUUGCUCUCCAAUCCGCCGCCAUCAGGGACAGCCAAACGUCCACGACAACAACAAUGUCGACAAUGAAGCGGCCUCCACGCGAUCGGCGUUCCACUCGCAUCGCCCGUCUCGCGCGUCGCUUUUCGACGGCCGUUCUUCGCAAUUGAUCAGCCAGCAAUCGUAAGUAUAAGAAUUUGUGGCAUUUUGUCUUUAGCUAAUGAAUUAGUUAUAAGUGAAGAGUUAAAAUCAGAUGUUGAGAACUGAAUCAGUAUGAAAAUAGUUUUUCAGCGGUCAAAGUGCGUCACUAACUUCUCUUCUCCGUCGUCACACUAUGGGACCUGGGCAGAAUCCCAAGUUCCGUCUUUCGAAUCCAACCGCCAACAGAAAUUCGAUGGGAUCUACGAAAUCAAUUAACUCUGGCCCCGCUGCUUACCAUUAUUGGCCUCCAAUUUCAUCAGACUCGGACCAAGAUGGGAAUGAUACCUUCUUCGUUCCAUUGAGAGCAAGAUCCGCUUCGAGCAACGCCUAUGAUGGGGAGCCAGAACAGAGUGACACGGAUCAUUAG